AUCAACCUCUCCAGCGGGUAUCCCGCACCAUCACUCAACCCCAUCAAACAACUAAACCAAGCCACCAACACCGUCUUUUCCACUCCCGACAUAUGGCAUGAUGGCAUGAUAUACGGCGCAGAUGCAGGGUACAAUCCGUUGCGAAGAAAUAUCUCGCGGUGGCUGGCCCAAUUCUACCACGGCGGGGAUGAGGCACAGAUAGACGCCGAGCGGAUAUGCAUUACUGGCGGUGCGAGCCAGAAUCUUGCUUGUCUGCUGCAGGUCUUUACGGAUCCCGUUUUCACGAGGAAUGUGUUCAUCGUGGAGCCUGGAUAUUUUCUUGCGUUUCGGAUUUUUGAAGACGCCGGGUUCCAUGGCCGGUUGAGGGGUGUGCCGGAGGAUGAGGAGGGGAUUGAUCUUGUCUUUUUGGAGGAGAUGCUGAAGCGGGAUGAAGAUGCUAAUCCGGAUGGAAGUAUCAAGCCUUUCAAACCGCCGAGACCAUAUCGGAAGCUCUACCGCCAUGUCAUCUACUGCGUCCCGACAUUUUCUAACCCGUCUGGCAAGGUAAUGAGCUUAUCCAAGCGAAAGGACCUUAUCCGACUCGCGAGGAAAUACGACGCUCUGAUUAUCGCAGACGACGUCUAUGACUUUGUCCACUGGCGGACAGACACGCCCUCAGACGACCCAGGCACUCGCAGCUUCAGUGAUAUCCUACCACGACUAGUCGAUAUCGAGCGAACGCUUGACGGCGGACCAGUGGACCGUUUCGGAAACUGUGUGAGCAAUGGCAGUUUCAGCAAGUUAGUCGGUCCGGGGUGUCGCGUUGGCUGGGCUGAAGGGACUCCUGAUUUUGCCUUUGGUCUCUCCCAGGCGGGAUCCUCCCACUCUGGUGGCGCGCCAUCGCACCUCAUGUCAACAUUCAUUAAUGAGAUGGUGACCGAUAAAUCGACUAUAUCUCUGACGUCGCAUAUCCAGAAUACCCUGAUCCCUACAUACUCAAGACGGCACAAGCUUCUCUUAUCAGCUAUUCUCCAACACCUUGUUCCGCUGGGGAUCAUAACCCCUCCUGCUAACCAGUAUAACGUGGGCGGCGGGUUCUUCAUCUGGCUGAAACUACCAAAGGCUUUGACAAGUACUGCCGUUGUUACUGCAGCGCGACAAGAUGGUGUUCUUAUUGCUGAUGGGACGGUGUCUUCCCUGCCUGAGGGGAAUGAUGGCCUGAGCGAUUAUAGCGAUUAUAUACGGUUAUGUUUUGCGUGGGCGGAUGAGGAACGCCUAGCAGAGGGGGUGAUUAUUCUAGCGGGGACACUGAAGCGGCUGGGGGGA